AUGGAAAUAUCAAGAGUACGUACAUCGUUGAAAUCAAAUUUACUAACAAAUAAUAAUAAGAGUAACAACAACAAUAAACGUCGUCUAGAUGGACCAGUUGCAUUUGGAAGAAUUCCAUUAUCAUCUAUAAUAGCCACACAAAAACGACAAACAAUUAAUUCAAUUAAACAUGAACCAUUAUUGACAAAAACAACACCCGUAACAACAACAAUAGCAAAAAAUUUGAGAAAAAAUUCGACAACACCAAAAGUUAAAAGUUUAUGGAUGAAUAUUGGACGAAAUUCAUUAUCAACAACACCCGAACCGCUAUUAUCUAAUCGACCAAGACGUAGUCAACUUAGGAAAAAGUUACUACGUCUCUUACUUGUCUUUAGUUAUUUAUUAUCCAUAUCGCUAUUUGCCAUUGCAUUAGCAACAUUUUAUGGAUUUUUUUGGACUGCACAUCUCACACCAACAUCGUCAGAUAAUGAUACAUUAGUUACUGACGAUACAAGUACAAUAUUUCAUAGUAAAUCACGGGUAGAUCAGUAA